CCACUGGAGCUGCAGCUGUGCAGAGGGAGAUGCGCAGGCAAGGGCAGCGCUGGCUGGUUAAUUAAACUAAUGAGCACGAGGGAGAGUUCUCCUGCUGGGCAGAUAUGAAGCGACCCCUGAGCCUGUCUCACCCUGCCGAGAACAGGAUCCGCCUGGCCGAGACGGCGGGCUGCCCGCCCAGCCCGUCCGAGCAGCGCGCAAAGCGGGAGAAGAAGCAGCCGUCGUUCACGCUGUGCGAGGUCUGUAACAUCCAGCUCAACUCGGCCGUCCAGGCGCAGAUCCACUACAACGGCAAAUCCCACCAGAAACGCCUCAAGCAGCUCCACAAAGGCAAGGUGCCAACGGGCCAAGGGCCGGCUGGGCACAGCAGCCCCCUCUUAACCUCGCUGCCGAUUCCGGGGCGACCCCUGCACCCGCCACUGGACAUCAAGCACUUCCUGACCUUUCGACUCAAUGGGACGUCCCCGCUCAACCUGUUCCCCAACUUCAACACGAUGGAUCCCGUUCAGAAGGCCGUGUUCAAUCACACCUUCGGCGUCCCCUCCCCGCUCAAGAAGAAGCAGUUCAUCUCUUGCAACAUCUGCCACCUCCGCUUCAACUCCGCGAACCAGGCGGAGGCACAUUACAAAGGCCACAAACACGCCCGGCGACUCAAAGCCAUAGAAGCUGUGAAGAACAAACAGAAGCCAGCUGCAGUGCCUGCCACCCUGGAUGUGAGCGGGGAUCCCCACGGGACAGGUCAUGCCAACGGCCUCCUGCGGCUGAAGGGGCCGGACGCUGAGUGUAGCAGCCUCAUGCUAACCCCCCCCUCGGAGGAGUCCUCGGCCGAGCUGUCCGCCAGCCUCCCAGCCCUGGUCUCCCCGCCUGUCUCGGAGCUGUCCGAGGGCCCUUCCGAUGCCGCCAGCCUGGCCUCUUUGGCAGUGCCGGGCACUGAGAUGCCGGCCACCGAAUCAAACAUCGGGUCAACCCCUGACGGUGAAAAGGAAGGGAAGAAAAGCAAGCAGCACCUCUACUGCCCCACCUGCAAAGUGACGGUGAACUCCGUGUCCCAGCUGGAGGCUCAUAACACGGGAGCCAAGCACAAGUCCAUGCUGGAGGGUCAGACCACCCAGAUGCGGCGGGGCCGGGGCAAGGCCAUCCCCAGGGCGGGGCACAAGUCCAAACGGAUUGGCAACAAGGGCAGCAUCAACCUGCAGAACAAGGCGUUCCAUUGCCAAGUGUGCGCGAUCUACGUCAACUCCGAGACCCAGCUCAAACAGCAUAUGAGCAGCAGGAGGCACAAAGACAGACUUGCCGGGAAGCCACCCAAACCAAAAUACAGCCCGUACAACAAGCUCCAGAAGAACGCUGUCCUCGCAGUGAGUAUUCUAAAGUCCAAGCUGGCUUUGCAGAAGCACCUCACCAAAACGUUGGCCGCCCGCUUCCUCCCGAGCCCCCUCACCACAGCCGCCAUGUGUGCCAUCCCCGGCCCACUCACCCUCCGACCAGCUACCGCCACCGCCCUCUUCCAGGCCCCGCUCCUUGGAUCAGUGCCACGCCAGGCCCCAUCGUCUUUGCGCCCUACUAGAGCCUCCGUCUGUCCCGGGUGCGGCUAAGACCCAGGCGAGCUAUGCAGCCAGGGGCAGCCCUGUGGACAGGGCUCUGUUCCGAUCCAAGGCCAAUGAUAUUGUGUAACUGUUAAUCGAGGUUUUUCUUUCACUCCCGGCGGGUUCCCACUAGGAGGUAGGAGAUUCCCCAGCUGACUGCUCUGCCAGCCCUGGCUUGCCCCUUACCCACACCCAGUGCCCCAGUGGGUUUCACCCACCUGCUGAAUAGCUCUCCAAAAACUCAGCUGCACGCCCAGUUUGAUUGGAUUCAAAGUUAAAGGGACAGUGCCAGGAUCCUCCAGACCCACUGACGCCCAUGGCCUGCCUUCAACCAGUGAGUUUUUCAUUCGUCCCCUUCCAGUGAAUAAUUUAAACCAAACUGGGGAAGCAGCCUGGCUGAGUCUGGAAAAGGGGGGCCUUUCUCUCCAGCUACCUGGGUCAGAGCCAGCCCAGGCUCGUAGAAACCUCCAGAUCAUAGGUGGCCCAAGUGGAAGGAGUCUGGGGGGACGGGGGGUCACAGGGCGAAACAUCCCCAGCACAAAAAGCAGCCCCGUUUCCUACCUGUAGCAGGGAGGGCCCACGCAUGUGACGUGGGCACAGCAGUGUGGGGAAGAGUGUCGUGCUGUUCCCUGGAUCUGAGGACGCAGGGAGAGUUGAGCUCUAGCUUCUCUCGCCUGCAUUUCAGCAGCAGGAAAUCCAGAGAAAGGAACAAACCCAGACACCAGCAACGUGGGGCAGUGUCGUCCUGUCACACAGACCGGGAACCCUGGGGCUCUGUCCUGCCCACUUCAGAAAGCACCUUGUCCAACAUUGGAAGUGCAGUGGGGCGGGGGACACUGUUGUCUACAGUGGUGGUUUUCUAGAGUGGGCCCCUUGGAGAAUCAGGCAUAGUCUGAGGACCCGUGGGGGUCAGCAGAGCACCAGCUGAAAACCACCAGUCUAGUGGUUAGACGACAGACCUGGAAAAGGGGUAUGCUCCUGUCUUAGGGAGCCAAGCCAUUCCCAGUUCAUGGAGUCGACUGGUUAGCGAACAGCCCUUCUCGGUGAAGUCUAUUCCCGACUCUGCCACUGACUCCCUUGAGCCACGGUGCUUCACCUCUGAGUGCCUCAGUUUCCCCCCAUGAAGCAGGGGAUAGCUCUGUCCCUACCUCGCCGGGAGGCUGAGUGAACGUCCAUAAAGCCCUUCGCAGCUCUCCAAGGAAAGGCACGACAGAAGGACAACCAACGUAUUUCUGCUGUUAUCAGGCCAGCAGAUAACACCCAGUCACACAGCCCCUCAGAAACCGAGGAAUUCCUGGCUGAAC